AUGAAGCUUGGGUCCAAUGCUUACUUGAUUGAGUUGCCCGCAGAUAUGCAUAUAAGUCCCAUUUUCAAUGUUGCUGAUUUAUCUCCUUAUUGGGGAACCUUUUCUCCACCUAUUUCUAUGGAUAUUGUUCAGGGUUCCAUUCCCCCUCAUGUGCUGCGUAUUCCUUAUACCAGUUCUGCCCCUACAGAUCAGAUUGCUGACGUCUUGGAUCAUGAAGUUGUAGCCUCGUCUGCUGGAGGUUCUACCCGUUAUCUGGUUCGUUGGGUUGGAAGGCCUGCUAUUGAGGAUACUUGGAUUACAUAA